AUGUCCGACUCAGUCCUCCCAGAACCUACCCUCCCAACUUUGAGUGAUGCGCCCCCAAGCAGCGCCGGUCGCUCCUCUGGUCAUUCCGCACCCGUGGACCAGCCGCCUGCCAUCAUCUCCGGCGAACUGAAAGCUCGCCUAGAUAAAGUUAUCUACUCGGAAAUCGGCAUCACCACUCUCCUGACCAGGUUGAAACAGAGCGUGGCUUCCGCCAAAGGGUUGAGGAAAUUGUCCCGCGCCGUGAAUGACGCCGCUCAUCGUAAUGAGAAUCGCCAAGGAACCUACAGUUCAAGCUACAAGGAGAUCCAACGACUUCAUGAGCGCAUGGCCGAAUGUGGCUUGCAGUUUUCCGUAUCAUUACAUCAAAUGUCUGAUGAUCUGCAAGAACUUGCCAUGAAUAUUGAGCGUGGCCGCAAACAGUGGAAACAGACUGGGUUAGCCGCAGAGAAACGUGUCAUUGAUGCAGAAUCACAGGCAGAGAAGGCCAAGGCCAAGUACGAUUCAUUGGCUGAGCAAUAUGACCGUGUGAAGACUGGUGAUAAGCAGGGCGGCAAGUUCGGUCUCAAGGGUCACAAAUCUGCAGCCCAGCAUGAGGAGGACCUAUUGCGCAAAGUUCAGAAUGCGGAUGCAGACUAUGCUGCAAAGGUUCAAGCCGCUCAGGCAGCACGUCAGGAAUUGGUGUCUACUCAUCGGCCUCAGGCGGUGCAUAAUCUUCAGCAGUUGAUUUCUGAGUGUGACUCAGGAUUGACUCUACAGCAACAGAAAUUCGCGACUUUCAAUGAGAAACUUUUGCUGAGCCAAGGCCUUUGUGUUAGUCCCCUCAAGGGAGAAAGCAAUGGUGCAGCAGCCUCGAAGAGCCUGGCAGAGGUUGUUCGCCAGGUUGAUAAUCAAAAGGAUCUGCACGACUUUAUUUUGAGCCAUGAAGGAAAUCCAGGCGCUGUUGCUGGAGGGGAGGCCAGAUAUGAAAGACAUCCAACUCUUGGUGGGCCAGCUCCAUCGUCCUCGCAGCCAAACACUCAGGCCAGGCGCCAAUCCUCCAUGUCCUCAUUCCCCCAGCAAAAUGUUUCCUCCCCACUUCCUCAGCCAGCGGGCAGUACUAAUCGACUGCCACCUUAUCCAACCCAAGGAGAACCACCAGCAGCGCCUCCUGUUCAACCUCCAUAUCCAUCAGGGCCACCAUCUCAUGAGCCUUCCUCAAUGGGAUCUGUAUCUGUGAUACAUCCACCAUUGACAGACAAAACUCCGCAGUCCAAUCUCCCUCCUCUGAAGCCGGUAUUCGGGGUUACUUUGGACGAUCUCUAUGUUCGGGACGGAACUGCGGUGCCCUUCCUCGUGUAUCAAUGUUUUCAAGCAAUUGAGCUAUUUGGUCUGGAUUUAGAGGGUAUUUAUCGACUCUCUGGAAGUGCCAAUCAUAUCAACCACUUGAAAGCACUAUUUGAUAAUGACUCCUCGCAAGUUGAUCUCACCAACCCAGAGAACUUUUUCCAUGACGUGAAUAGUGUUGCUGGACUUGUGAAACAAUUCUUUCGAGAUCUUCCUGAUCCUUUGCUCACAACCCAGUAUUAUACACAAUUCGUUGAAGCUGCCCGCAUUGAUGAUGAUACCCAACGUCGAGAUUCACUACAUGCUCUCAUAAACAGCCUACCUGAUGCUCAUUACGCUACUCUCCGUGCCAUUAUUCUGCACCUGAACAAGGUUCAAGAACACGCUUCACAAAACCGUAUGAAUGCUGGAAACUUAGCAAUCUGCUUUGGCCCAACCUUGAUGGGAGCCAACUCGGGUGGAAAUAUCGCAGAUGCUGGUUGGCAAGUACGAGUCAUUGAGACAAUUCUCAACAAUACUUUCCAGAUCUUCGACGAUGACUAG